AUGAAUCUUGGGACUUGGGGACUAGCUUCAGUUCAUCACAAUGAUAACCUUUGUGAAAUCAAAAGAAAACUUCAGCCUUGUAGAGAUAGUGAGCAGUGCAUGGAUCAAAAUGUGUGCAUUGUUGAGGCUAAUAGCAAAGAUGACAAGAACCUGAUUAUUGGGUUAAGUGUUGGUCUCUCAGUGUUUGUUUUGUGUGUCAUUCUUGGUGUUACCAUCUGGUCGUUUAUUAAACAAAGACGACCCAAGAAAGAUGGUGGGCAAGACAGAGCUGAGAGAAGCAUGAAUGUUUACCAAUUGGAUUGUACCGGAGCAUCACAGCCCAAUUCAGCCCACGUCAGCUGA